UUUUUUUUUAACACCUUUUCCUUUUAUUAUUCGAGUCGAUCAUUCGCUAGCAUGACCAAUCAAGCCCAAAAGCGACCUUUUGCUUCGCUUAUGGAGCAAGAUUAUGACAGCGGGUUGAACGAUAAUCUCUCCCCACAACCUUCUUUAUCACCUAUGGCUAUCGAUACAUUUACAGAUGACUCAGUAUACACACAACAACAACACAACGAUAUAUAUAACGAGACUAGUGACAAAAUCAUCGAUCACAAACAUUUCAAUACAAAUCAUUAUCAAGAGUUAUUGCCGACUACAUACCAUAAUCAAGAACAACCUCCACAACAACAUUAUGUACCAAACUAUUCUCACCAGCCAUCACCACCCGAAUCACAACCACAAUCAAUAUCUAUAUCUAAUGAUCAACAAAAACAACAAUCUAUACAGCAACAAAAACGAAAAAUGUCAAAACAAGAACAAGCUUACUGUAUAAAGACAUUGACUGCGCUCAUGAAACAUCGAAAAGCCAUUGCCUUUUUACAACCUGUUGAUGUAGUGGCCUUCAACAUACCCGAUUACUUGGAUAUUAUAAAACAACCUAUGGAUCUCGGUACUAUAUCUCAAAAACUCAACACUCAUCAAUAUGAAUCAGUUGACGCGUUUCUGGCGGAUGUACGUUUAGUUUUCGACAAUUGUUUUCUUUAUAAUAAUGCUCAAGACCCAGUCUCUUUGGAUGCCAAGAAAUUAGAAGAAGUAUUCGAAAAAUGGCUAAAAAAACGACCCGAACCUCAAUUGGACACAACAGCUGAAACGAAUACGAAAAAUAUAGAUUCAAAUAAUGUAUCCGAAACACAAGAAAAUAACAAGAAUAAUGAUACAAACGAUAGCGGUAUAGUAGAGGACGAUAAUACGACAAUGGAUCAAGUAGCUAUUAUGCCAGAUGAUCAAUUCAAACGAUGUGAAUCAACUAUCAAGGAAUUGAAGAAGGGAAAACAUUCGGAUUUGAAUUGGCCAUUCCUCUUACCAGUGAAUGCAGAAGCUUGGGGUGCAACAGACUAUUACCAAAUCAUUUCACAUCCAAUGGACUUGUCAACAGUAGAACGGAAACUAGGGGAUUACGAAUAUGGAAAUGAAGACGAAUUCGAAAAAGAUAUACGACUGAUAUUCGCUAAUUGUUAUGCGUAUAAUCCACCAGAACAUGCUGUACAUCAAUUAGGCAAGAAACUCGAACAUUUAUUUGAAUCAUUUUGGAAGAAGAUACACAAAAAGGCAUCGUCAAAAGCGAAAAAGGAUUCCAAAAAACUAGACAGAAAAAUCAAACUGGUAACAAAUGUCACCAAAGAUACCAAUGAAGUAGCAUCAACUAUCAUCAAUGAUCAGAAAACAUCAACGCCAUCAGUUGAAGAAGUUCGACCGCCUACCAUCCUACGACUGAAAUUAACGACGAAACCAAGUGAAGAACCCAAAUCUAAUACACCUACUCCUCCGCCAUCAUCAACCGCAAUCGCGACUCCACAACAAGAAUUGAAACCAAUCAAGAAUCCAGGAUUGGCUUUAUCAACAGAACCACGAACUGAAUCUAAACGACCGAAAUUAGCUAUUGGUAGCAAAAUUUCCCCACCUCCAGAGAAAAAACCUGAAAAGAAAACUCCUCUUGUAUUACAGAAUCAUGACAAAUGGUUAGCUUUGGCUCAAAAAUCGGGAUCAACAGAUGAUAUGGAAUCUUCAAUAUUAACACCACCUUCAUCUAUCAAUUCAGCACCACCAGUAACAACAUCAACAAUAACUAACACAACAACAACCGCAUCUGCUCCACCCAAACCGAAAGAAACGGCACCUGUUCCAACAAAAACCUUUGAUAUUACUGAAUAUAUUGAUCGUAUGAAAGGUGAAAAUCGUGUACGAGAUCAACAGAAACGUGAAGAAGAGGAACAAAGAAAGGAAAAGGAUCGCCAGUUCAUGGAAAAGAAACAACAAGCUUUCCGUCAACUAGAGGAACAAAGAAAGGAACAUAAAGAAUGGAUGGAACAACGUAAACGAAAAGACAAGGCAAAUCGAUUGGCAAGUUUGGAACAUCAUCAUGUAGAUAUCAGCAAACAAAAAUUGAUGUUCCAUCACUUUGAAUCGACAGCUUUGAAUCGUGAUCAAGAUUGGCGGGAUUUAUUUAUCUGGGAACGUGAUACUGUGGAUUAUCGACGUAUGCCUGCACCAGGAUUUGUACGGCGAGCCAAUCUCAAUUUGAAUGAACUUCGACGACAAAUCUUGACUAAAGGGAUUCGUUUACGACCACAACAAGAUACUGAUAACAAAAUGGAGAUGGAUAUGGACAUAGAAUAGAUCAACCCUCUUGUAUACUUUUUUUUUUGUUUUUAUAGUGUUGAUUGGAAUAUUUCUUAUUCUUCUCAUUCAUUCUUAUCUAUUAUAUUUAAAUCUAAUAAAUUGUUGAUUCACCUUGUAAAAAGAA